UAUAGUGGUUGCGAAACUGUCAAAUAUACAGAAUGAAUGAAUGAGUAGGCCUGUAUAGUAUAUUACUAUUUUCGUUUUUCCUGUUUUAUUUACAGUUUAUUAAUAGUAUUACAUGUUUAGAUAUAAGUGAAAGAGUGCCUUAUCGAUAUAGUCAAUAUAAAUUUGUGCUGGAGUGAGAUAUAUUUGAGAAAUCAUGGAGGAUAUAUUUCAGUGGUGUCGCGAAGGAAAUGCCUUACAAGUGAGGGUUUGGCUGGAUGAUAUCGAGCAUGAUUUCAACCAAGGUGAUGACCACGACUUCAGCCCGCUCCACUGGGCUUGCAAAGAGGGCCACCAGAAGAUCGUAGAGAUGCUGAUGAAGCGGGGCGCCCGGAUCAAUGUCACUAAUAUGGGCGAUGACACGCCGUUGCAUCUAGCUUCUGCCCAUGGGCACCGGGCUAUAGUGCAGUUGCUCCUACAAAAUCGCGUGGAUGUGAACUUCACCAACGCCCACGGCAACUCUCCGCUCCACUACGCUUGCUUCUGGGGCUAUGGACCCAUCGCCGAGGACCUGGUGAUGGCCGGGGCCUUGGUGUCCCUGGCUAAUAGGGAUGGGGAUACACCGCUGGAUAAGACCAGAGGCCAACUGGUUCAAAGACUGCAUGAGCUAGCGAUCCAACAAGGACAAGAGAUGAAGAAGAUACAGUUCAAGGACCAGUCUUGGCUUGGAACCCGGACUAGGUCAAGAGACGCAACCCUUUCGCGUCACAAGGGCAUUAACAUUAGCGAGCUGUCGCUGCACACUCGCAUGGCUGUCACGCCCUCAGGUGAAACCUGGCGCGGCCGCUGGCAGAAAAACGAUAUAGUGGCGAAGAUACUAGCCGUCCGCGAGUGCACGCCUCGCAUUCAGCGCGAUUUCAACGAAGAGUUCCCGAAGCUCAGGAUAUUUUCACACCCCAACAUACUGCCCGUGGUCGGGUGCUGCACGUCCCCCCCGUCUCUGGUGGUGAUCUGUCAGUACAUGUCGUGGGGUUCGUUGUACGCGUUACUCCACGGCGCGGGCGCGGGCCGCGUGGUGGUGGACGCGGCCGCGGCGCUGCGGCUCGCGCGGGACGUGGCGCGCGGCCUGGCGUACUUACACUCGCUGCAGAACAGGGACCACCAGCUGCAGCUCUACCAGCUUAACAGUCGGCAUGUCAUGAUCGACGAGGACAUGACGGCGCGCAUCAACAUGGCGGACUCCAAGUUCUCGUUCCAAGAGCGCGGGCGCUGCUACCGGCCCGCGUGGCAGGCGCCCGAGGCGCUGCAGCGGCCGCGCGGCAAGCGCAACGCGGAGGCGUGCGACAUGUGGAGCUUCGCCGUGCUGCUCUGGGAGCUGGCCACCAGAGAGGUACCCUUCGCGGAUCUAUCCCCGAUGGAAUGCGGCAUGAAGAUCGCGCUGGAGGGCCUCCGCGUGUCGAUCCCCCCCGGCGUGUCGCCCCACAUCGCCAAGCUCAUCCGCAUCUGCAUGAACGAGGACAUUGGCAAGCGGCCUUCCUUCAACAUGAUACUGCCCAUACUGGAGAAAAUGAACAAGUAAACAUAA